CAUCGGUCAUUUAGCGUGAACAACUGUCAAGAAAAUGGAUGGAUUUACAUUUAGCUAGAAAUUCUCAUGUGGUUGUUUUCAACCCUGAAUAAGCUUUGUCAUUCUUCACAGGAUGUCUUUCAGAGACUUGCAAAGUACUCUACUCAUACUCACAUGAGAUGUUGGUUUAAACCAUCAUUGUCACUCACUCACAGUGCCUUUAAUGCUGCAAUGAUGUCUCCUUUAAUAGAUUUCACAGAAAUGAUGAGAGCUUUGGGCUUUCCUCGCUUGAUAUCGGUGGAAAACUUCAGAACGCCCAACUUUACGCUGGUGGCAGAAAUUCUAAUAUGGCUUGCUAAAUGUUAUGAACCUCAGAUGGAAAUUCCAACAGAGAUGAACACAGAGUCAGAAAGAAUAUUCCUCAUCAAGACGGUGGCCCAGUUCAUGGCAACGAAAGCUCACAUCAAGAUGAAUACCAAGCGUCUUUAUCAGGCUGAUGGUUAUGCAGUGAAGGAGAUGUUAAAGAUCACUACGGUGCUGUACAAUGCAAUGAAGACCAAGCAGAUGGCCCGAGGAGACCGAGUGGAGGAGGACGCCAAGUUCAAGUUUGAACUGGGCACUCGAAUUUCAGAUCUGAAAGCAGCUCGGGAGCUGGCUUCAGAGGCCACUUCAAAAGGAGCAUCUCUGUAUGAUUUGUUAGGAAAGGAGGUGGACUUGCGGAAACUGAGAACUGCUGCCAUUGCAAGACCUCUGGAGAUCAGUGAGACAGAAAAGGCCUUGAGACAUGCCAUCAAGGAGGUCUUGGAAAGUGUGGAGAAGACCAAAGUCAUGAUGAAGAAUGUUGUUUCUGAUGUUGCCAAUCUGGAUGCCAAGAAAGAAAAGAAAUGUUGGCAGCUGGAGAUGAAUCAGAGGAGACUCCAAACACUACAAAGUGUGAGACCAUUGUUCAUGGACGAAUAUGAGAAGAUCGAGGAGAAGCUGGAGGAGCAGUACAAGUUGCAAGUGGAGAAUUUUGCAAACUUUUAUUUCCUUGAGUGGCUGCAGGAAAAACACAUCAGGCAAGAGAAGAUGAUUGAGGAGGAAAACAAUCAAAAGAGGCUGACGCAGCAAAUGAAGGAAAAUUAUGAGGAUUCAAUGAGUUCAUUUAAUGAAGAGGACACGCUUGAUGACAAAGGCCUCGAUGGAGACAUCGAUGAGUGUCAAAAGUUUAAUCCACUGCUUCCUCUAAAUGACCAUGUGGCAGGAACAGUCAUUGGGAACAUGCUGGGUGGUGACAGCAAUGAGUCAGAAAGCGAAAGAGAUGAAGAUGAAGAAGAUGAGGGCCUUGGAUUGGAUGGCUUUUUAGGGAGCCCAGAAGCAAGGCUGUCCUGCACUUCCAGGGGAGCCAUGAGAAGCCCUCUGAUGGAUAAGAGUGAUGAUGACUUUUAAAAAUCAGAUCACUGUAAUAGGAGACUAUUUGAAUGAAGGAACUUUAAUUAAUUUAGUGGAGUCCCCGUUAUAUCAAUGUUAAAAUACCCUUAAAAGAGCAGGACAUUUCAAAUUCACAAUAGGUAAAUAUUGUCAGAUGUUACAAAAUAGAGAUGGGUGACCAAAACAUAGUUGGAAACAAAAUGUACUUGUUUGUUCGUGUCUGUGCAUGUGUGCAGAAGAUUGAGUACAUGUGUGGUCAUCAUUUCUUUAACAGACAACAGGUCCUCCUGGUUCCAACAGUUCCAAUGAUUAGAUGUUCUUGUUCUUGUGCUAUCUCCGGCUAAGUAGCUGCCAUGUUAUCUGGAGCAGAGCGAAGCAUUUCUAUUAGAAGCAGAUGUCCAAAGAACCAUCCGAAUAUUCAACAUUAUUUCCAGCCACAGGUUCAAAUCUGUAUGGGUGUAUUCCCCCGUCUUCCCGAUCAACCGAUACUUCUAUUUCUUCAUCAGAUGAGGAUAAAUCAGUGCUGACAAUAACUGUAGGAAUGUAACCAAGCACAUAACAUGCCACAUCCGCUCAUCUGAAUGUCAGUGACCGGGAAGAUUAAAAUUGCCGAUAUAAACAACCUUAAAUGAUAUCUGAUAAUCUUUUUUAAAAUUACAGUACCAAUGACAUGACCUACCUGAUAUGUUAUUUUCAACAAGUAGAGUUCCCCUAUAAGGUUCCAUAUUUUGGCUAUUUAGACCUCCUUAGAGAGACUCUCUAACACUGACUCAUUAUGAAAGUGUCAAUUUUAUUUAAAAAAAAAAAAAAACAUCUUGGUUUUAUCACAAUAGUGUCCAGAAAAGCCCAUCUGAUGGCUAUUUAUGUUUGAUCCAGUUUUGUAUCCACAUAGUCCAAAUUUGGCUACCCCCAAUCCUCCCCCAUUUUCAUCCGACUGUUUGCCUCCGUGAAGAAGACCCACAGGUUUUUGUUGACAGUGCUGGCUCAGGGGUAGCGAGUUAGGCAGAGAUCUUCGCGAGUGACUUAGAUCUUUUCCUUUCGGUUUGUCCUGUUAGGAGUAGCCACAGCAUGUCAUCAAUUUUCAUGUUUUGUAAGUUUAUCUCCUACAUCCUCUUUUCUUACACUAACUUCCCUCAUGUCUUCCCUCACUACAUCCAGAAACCUUCAUUUCGAUCUUCCUCUCGCUCUCUUGUCUGGCAGUUAGAGUGCCAUGAAAAUGUAUGUCCCUUGUUUCUGAUUUCAUUUUUUUUUUUUUUGUACAUAUCUGGCAAGCACAAACGUUUCAAAUGAUCAAACCAAUUUUAAUAUCACUCAGAGACAACCCAAGGAAAUACAAAAUUCAAUUUUCAAAUGACAAUUCAAUUUAUUAAGGCACAAAAAUAAUGCUUCUACAAAAGUCUUGAGAAUCAUCAAGAUGUUUUUUUUUUUUUUUUUGCUAAUGUGAAAUGAGCCUUUUUAUCCUUUGCUAACAGCAGGGGUUUUUGCCUGGGAAUUCUUCCAUGGAUGCCAUUUUUGGCCAGUGUCUCUCUUAUGGUGGGGUCAUGAAUGGCGGCCAGUGAGUCUCCUAAACACUGGGAAGCUAUGUCUCCAUUCUGAUCUCAGCGCGUUUCCCUUUCAACCUAAAUCAGAUACUCCUCAACACUGGGAGGCAAUGUUCCACUUCUACGACAAGUGGAUACUCUCAAAAUGGCAUAAACAUGUCUUUAAACAAUCCCCUGGUUUUCUCUUGUGGGUUUAUCAGGACACUGUUACAGCCUUGAAGAAACAUGUACCUUAGUGUUUAUGUUGGGGUGGGUGUAGCCAUCUGUUCCACCAUCUGUACUGGGUAAACUUCAAACCAUGUAACCUGAGAAAGCAACAAAAAGAGGUACAAGGGCUUGGCUGACUCAGAGUGUGGUUUGGAAGUGCAGCUGGUCAGCCAAAUCUGUUUUUUUCAUGAGCCGAUAAAAGACCUCUUCAUUGUCCCUAAUUGCAUAUUCAGUCCAGCGGUUGGGUGUCAAACCUGACAGUACUUAAAAGGCUGCAUCAGACUUAUGCUAUAUAAUUGAUGCAGGUUUUCCCACUGUGUCAUCUUCAGCAUUUACUUUCGCAGGAAUGUUUGUGUCCGGUUGGGUGUCAAACCUGACAGUACUUAAAAGACUGCAUCAGACUUAUGAUAUACAAUUCAUGCAGGUUUUCCCACCGUCAUCAUCAACAUUUACUUUUGCAGGAAUGUUUGUGUCUUUGAUGUUGUUGGGUCUGGCAUGUACAGUAUUCUGGAACAUUAUCCUAUCCUCCAUGUUGAUUGUUGGAAGGGGAUCCAAAUGUAAAUUUAUAGUUUGGAGCUGUUCAAAGAGUUUAAGACAAUAACUAUGAAACACUGA